GUUGUAGUCUAGAUACGUAUAACUGCUUUCUCCUGGACCUCAGAGUAAUAGGCCUACUGAGUGUCAAUCUUAGCACUGUAAGGCCGCACAGAAGUGCGGGACGGGACAGCAUCAACGGUAGUUGUGUGUGUGCGAGAAACUCCCAAGUCAACGCUGGAGAGAAGGCUGGCUGAGUGAGCGCCAAGCGAAGUCUUUGUCUGCCUGACCUUCGCGAACUUUGCCCUCCCAACGAAGUCGGGCUCAGCCAGGCGUACUAUAUGAGAUCCACAUGGAAUAUAUAUGUAUGUCACAUUUCCGUGUAUAUCAUUCACAUAACAGUUUUCUACGAACCGAAUAUAAAUGUGAGUUGAUGUAUCCAUGCUGAACGUAACGGUUGCGGAUUGUCAGCUGCUUGAUAAAGGAGUGUGACUCGGGUAUGCUGUUUUUUUUUCAAAGCGGAUCUAGACUGCAUUGUGCUCUGGUUGACAGAUAAUUAGUGUGGAUGUUGGGCUGUGAAGUUAACUUGUACACAUAUGUACCGAAGCCUUAAGGAAAGUGCUCUGGAUUACAGCAAGUUCAGGUUCGAUCAGAGAGAGAUAGUGAACUGUUACAAGUGAGUCUGCCAGGAGAUAUACCGGAUUCCACUCCCCAAGAGAUCUAAAAUCGCCGGUUUCAGUUUCUAAUCCUGGAUAUCGUUUUAUCUGACACAACUGAUAUUGUAUACGUGCCGCCGUGUUCAAAUCGUGAGUUAGAUCUGGAGUUACACUAUGUUUUAUGACUGUGUAUGGUGGUCCACCUGUUGACGGCUCGUGCUAAGAGGAUUUCCCAUUGGAUCUUACCAUCAGAUAUACCCAGUACACGAUAAUACCACCAAAAGAAGCUCUGAUAUACGUAGUUGUUGUUGUCUCAGCCAACAUGGCAGCCCAGAGCGUGGCGAGAUGGCAGCAGUGACCGGAGAGUCCUAUAGUGCAUCGUCUACCUCCACGAUUGUGCCUAAAACAAUGUCUCUAGACGCUGUGGAACAUGCCUUGAGCGAGUGCAACCGCACCGUGUUCCGCAAGCCCUUCCCCAACGACAGUAAACUCUACUGUAAUCGGACGUUUGACGGUCUUUUGUGUUGGGAUGACACUCCAGCAGGUACCAGAACAACACAACUUUGUCCCGAGUACGGAGAAGGGUUUGAUCCCACAGCUACAGCCUUCAAAGACUGUACCGUGAACGGUACUUGGUGGGAACACCCGGAGAGUAAUCGCCCUUGGACAAACUACACGGGCUGCGUCAACAAUGAAUCCUUGGAGGGGCAUAAACAGGUUGUUUAUCUGUACAUAGGCGGGUAUUUCAUCUCAAUUACCUUCCUGGCCGUUGCUCUGGGGAUAUUUUUCUACUUUAGACAGCUGAAGUGUGAUCGAGUUUUGAUUCAUCAACACCUUUUCGUCUCCUACAUCCUAUCCGCUAUCGUCUGGAUUCUAAGCUACAAACUCAUCUACCUGGAUGCCGUCAUCAUCACAGAAAAUCCCAUGUGGUGUCGGGUUUUACACGUGACCACCCGUUUCUUCACCCUGUGUAAUUACUUCUGGAUGUUCUGUGAGGGCCUGUAUCUCCACACCAUCAUAGUCACUCCAUUCAGUCCGGGGGCUAAACUCAUGUGGAUCUGCUAUGCGGUCGGUUGGGGUGUUCCAGUUAUUCCGACAGUUGCAUAUUCUGUUGCUAGGGGGUUGAAUAACAGAUAUUCUACUCGAUGCUGGAUGAAGUUUGGUCCGUUAGAAUAUAUCAUCGUUGUACCCAUAAUUGUUACCUUAUUCGUAAAUUUGGUGUUUUUGUUGAACAUUCUCCGUAUUUUACUGACAAAACUCCGAGCGAGUUACGCACGAGAAACAUGUCAAACGCGGAAAGCUGUUCGCGCAACUCUCAUUCUUAUACCACUUCUAGGCAUCCAGUAUUUGUUGAUGCUUGUCCGACCGGCAGAAGGCACUCCGGGUUACCUGGUCUACAAAAGCGUUGUUGCCUUCCUGUCAUCAUUUCAGGGAUUUUUUGUGGCCUUACUCUUCUGUUUCCUGAACGGCGAGGUUCGAAAUCUACUGGAAAGAAAAUGGCGCAAGAGACUUAAGCAGCAAGAAAGCAGCAAACGGUCAAGGACGUCCAGAGAUGCAGGCGUUCUUGGCUUGGAGAUGUCUGCCCGGAAAGCCAGCGCUAACAGUCCUCCUCAAGCAUACACUCAGGUGUUCUCUCAAUCUCUCACCGCUCAGGAUGACUGCCCUGAGGAAGAGAAUGAUGAACUGUUAUCCCCUACCCUGGGGAACGAAGGCAAUGAUUGCACUAAUGGCGAUAUCAGACGCUGAGAUGGUUUUGUACCGGCAUGUUCGUCCGUUUUCCUCUUCUGCACCGUUCAGUCUUUCGUUUGGCACUUUUUUCUUAGCACUGCACUUGGAACGUUUUUUCCCCCCGCCAGAGCAUUAUUGACUUUACCCGACUUUUAUGUUUGUCCGUGGACGUCACUAGCAAAUGGGAAUUUCUAUGACAUUUACUAAUUCUGGGUUUUGUUUUGUGAACACCACAACGAGCCAGUGAAAUUGACAUGAUUUGGUUCUUUACUUCAUCAAUCGGAUGGAGUAUGUUUUGUGGACGCCACACUCAGCUAGUGGGAUUGACAUGACUUAUCUCUUUAUUCCAUCAAUUGUUUUAGAUGUUGUUUGUGGAUGUCAAAGCUAGCCAUUGUGUUAAACACCACUUUGUCCUUAAUUUCAUCAACUGUGCGGAGUUUUAUGUGGACUGCACAUGGAGCCAUUGGGACCACUUUAUCGUAUCGGUUGCAUUGGGUUGUUUUUUUUUCUUGUGGCUAGACGUUACAUCUAGCCAGUGGUCGUCUAGACGACUUUAUCAACUAAGUCAUCAGACGUAUUGUGACGAUGGAAAAACGACCUUCGCGACUAGCUCGCUGAAUCUGGAUAGUUUUUUUACAUGUACCACACAAGUAUAAUACUUUAGUUAUGAUUUGUCUCAAAAUGACACGCAACUAAACAAUACCAAGCAUCUUUAUUAAGACUAAACAAGAACCCCAGAUGCCUUAAAUGUAUAUUUUCCGUGAAUUCGAUAUGUGACGUCAGUGGCGUUUUUCAAGUCGGUUAGGUUUUGAAACAGGUGUAAAUGCUGCGAGUCUGUACGGACUACUUUACUACAGCCCAUCCGCAAGAGACCUUGAAUCGUAAAUACCGGCUUACAUCCGGUGGGGGCCGCUUCCAUAUAUUAUUUUUGACGUUAAUCUUGAUUUGAAAUAUGAUUAAAACCCUUAUUUUUAGGCCCUGUCUGUUUAACACUGGAAACACCUAACGAGUAUUAUGUUAUACCACUUGUAUGUGAAACUUUCAACUCAUGGGGCCACAAAUUGUGUAUUUCAUGUAUAUCAUGGUUUUAAGUUUGAAUUUGUCCCGUGGAUUCGUCCCUCGGGAUCUUGCAUACAUGUGUACCGUUUUCCCUAAUACGUGAUGUAUUAUUUUUCCUUCUUAUGUCACAUGGGUCCGUCAAGCUCGCUUAUAUCGGAGAUACCAUCUCCAGACAUGGAAGUAAAAAUGUCAGCUUUACCAUUUUUUUCAGAGAACGUUUAAAGGAUACAUGAAAAUUUGAUAUAAAACGAAGAGUAUGAUCUUAGGGAACAUGAAGAAAGAUAUGCCGAAAAAGUUAUAUAUGUGGUAUAUUUUAUAUUUUUUAAUAUCCCCUCCGUAUUAUGAAUAUUUUCCGUCAAUGAUCGGAAACGUUUGGAAUGACGCCAUCGAUGAACACGAGACCAACUGAGCGCCCUCCAGUUCCAGUUCACCUCUCCCCCACUGCUAAAUGUCUUCAGGAAAACUAGUUUAAAGCUAUAUUUACACCCCAAGAAGGGGCCUCACCAUAUUCUCCAUAUUAGGAAUAAAAAUCAAGCGUUUCGUGUAUCCUUUGAAAUGACCAAGGUCGAGUAGGUUAUGUUGGGGAACAAUCACCAAUUUGAAUUUGUUAUUUCCAGUGAUCUUGACAUUCAUGUACUUCCGCCAUUCUGUAUGGUAUACUGGUAUACUCAGGGGCAGUUUUCCUUCUCAUUUAUUGGCGAUUUACAUUUGUGGUUUUUUGUGAAUAUAUAAUUCUGUAUCCUAAAUAUGAUGGAACAAUUUUCCGCCUGGAUUUUAUUCUCAGUGUCUCAUAUUUUACAUUUCUAAACAUACAAAAUGCUAACAGUUUAACAUUUGCUUUUAAACUAAGAGAAUAAAUUCCAUAAACAAAAUUACCCAUGCCUGUAGAUCUCUGUGUUUCUUGUUUAGAUAGCACGACUGCUGUCUUGAUCAAAACUAAAACAACAAUGUAUUGAUCUAAUACAGUGUUAAGCUCGUCCUUCAUCAAAGAUGCACACCCAUCGUUCUGUGAAAGUGAUGAUUCUAAAUGUUUCACUAUAGUAGCACCAGGUAGGGCCCGUCCACAGGUGUUUUAUUCAAGACAAAACUAAACGCCAGACUUUAACAUUUACACGCUAUAACACAAAGUUAUAUGUACAGAUAUACUGUUUAAUAGUUCCUCUUAAAUUAUGCCAUACUAUGUUUUUAUGCUUUGUUUUGUAUCGCAUAUUUUUUUUCAACGUUUUGAUGUUUUUUCAACAUGUACUUAUGCGUAAGCUUGGCUGCUUUAUGUAUAAUACGGAAGGCAAGUGGGUGAAUAUCUAUUAAGUGCAGAUGGCUGUUGUCGGACAGAGUAGCUAUAACAAAUACCGCGCUUGAAAUUUAAUACUAUGUAAUAUUUACAAUGUUUUUUUUCCAAAUACGUCACUUUUACCCCCUCCCCCGAAAAUCUCCGCUUUCAGUCAGAUUGAACAUUCGUCAGUGAAUUUGAAAUGUGAGCUAGUUAUUUUAAAAGCUUAGGAACUGAAGAAUCGUAAACAGAAUAUGUACGGACUGAUCUUCAAUCUCGGCGAAGUCGUAAGCCCUAUCCAUAGUAAUCACUGCCUAAAUACUUCUUCAGUGAGACUGAAGUAUGGAUGAUAUACACGGUGUUGAUACCCAAAGAAAUUUUGGACAGGUAAAUAGUCAGGCUGGUGACCUGGACUACCCCCAGUGUCCACACCCCGAGCCCUCUUUUUGCUACACCUAACCCUACUCCUCCAACACUUCCUGCACCACUAAGUGAACAAUCAAAUGUUGCUUUCAUCAGAGUUCUUCAUAGACUGGAGUGCCGUGUUGAAGGUCACGAUAAAGACGAUGUACACCGUGUGGGUUAUCUGUAUAUACGCCUGUUUUAUAUCCUAUCACUACUGUGUUAUUUAGAGACACACCCCAUUGGCCUAUUGUAUGACAAUUCCAGUCCCAUAACGAGAGAAGAUAUAUAUAUGUACAUACCCAUCACAAGUUUACAUGCAUGGUUGUCGAUCAAAAGAAAGGCUGAUUUCUCAAUUUGUAUAUGAAUGCUUUUGUUUUCCAGGGAACAAAACUGUUUGUCUCUCAUCUACAGGUGAACAUAAUUUUGUAUAUAUACAGUCGAAUAUUUUUAUUAUUGUCGGUGCAUUUGUGUAUAUCUUCAGGUAUAGUGCCAAGAUUUUUUUUUAUAUAUAUACCGGUACAUUAACUGUGAAUGUGUAUGGCAACUUUGCAAAGGUGAACAAGUGUCCCUAUGUGUGGUGUUUGUGUGAGUUGAAGCAGAACACCAGACAAUGCUGAAUAAUAUAAGUUGAAAACCAGCUAAUGCUUGGCAAUAUAUGCUUAACCAGGCAUUGUUUGACAAUAUAUGCUGAACCAGGCAAUGCUGGACAAUAUAGGCUGAACACCAGACAAUGUUGGGCAAUAGUUGCUGAACCAGACAAUGCUGGGCAACAUACACUGAACACCGGGAAACGCUGGAUAAUAUUUAAUGCUGGUCAGUCUAUGCUGAACACUAGAUGCUAGACACCAGACAAUGCUGGACACCGGACAUUGCUUUGCAUCAUUACAAUGCUUGGAUACUAGGUUAUGCUGGACAACAGAUUACGCUGGAAACUAGGUCAUGCUGGAAACCCGACAUUGCUGGACACCAUGCCGUGCUGGUCACGAGGUCAUACCGGACACUAGGCCAUGUUUGAAACAUUUCCAUGCUGAAAACCAGGCCAUGCUCGACACACACCACCUGGAAGUAAGGGUCUGAAAUCAUCAUUUUAUACAAGCUUUGACCCCUUCCCAGUCGAUGCCUAAUUUGUGUAUAUAGUUACUGUACUCAUGAGUCAAACUCAUUAACUGGAA